GUGCACUCGCCGGUCUCACAGGAGAAUUGGAGACCAAUGGCCAGCUGUGGGCAGUGGAGGGCGUGUUCUUCGCACAGCCCAGGAUUCUUCGCAUCCGAAGCGACACUCACCCCCCCAGAAUCCAGCAGGCCAUUGACAUCACCUUCCAGAAUGGCACGGCUGCCACCGGCUUGGACCUUGUGGGGAUUGAUCUUCUCUCCCCGGGUUUUGUUCUUGCGGACAGAGCGUCAACAAGCCUCUUGAUCCUGAACGCGAAUGGUGUCAUCCAAGAUUCCAUCGAGGUGAACGGCACAGAUGACAUCUCCGGCGUGGCCUAUGAAGAAGAUGUUGGCUACGUGGUCACUGUGCCGAACGGAACGGUCAUCGUCUGCGAUCUCACGCCUACCUGUGGUGUAAGCGUCUUCCAAUACCCCUUGGAUAAUGCCACGACGGGUACCGUGGGGCUGCGCGACAUUGUGGCUCUUGACAACGAAACCUUCCUGUUCCUUGAGACGGAUGACCAAGCUGGCUUUGACGCUUCAGUACGUCGCAUUUACAAGGCAGAUCUUGGUGACCAGGUUGACCUCGAGAAGGAACUGGUUGAAGACUUCCUGCUGGAGCUAAAGGACCUUCGCGGACCGGUCCUGCCAAUGUUUAACAGCCUGGCCGUGACGGGGGACCCAGAUGAUGAGGAGAACCACAAGCUCACCCUGUGGGUCGUGAACGACAACGAGGGCACCGACAACACGAACGGCGAGACCCAGCUGCUUCCGUUCGUCCAGCACUUCUACGAAUGA